UAACGACAUAGGCAUCGUCUGCGCUUCAUAAGGAAGCUAUAACAAUGUGUUUAUUGGGCGAGAUUCGAUCGCUCACUCAGACGCAGCGGGCGUAAAUGUGUUUUCCCUCCAAACGCCGGAAGGACGGCUCACCUGAAGAGGGUGGCCGAAUCAAACGAUCUCGAUCCGCUCAAGAACCCGCUGAAAGUACAAAUACCCCGGCCCCUCCGACAUCUACCGGAACUAAACCCACCACCACCCAAACUACCGAUACCACCAUGUCCUCCCCCAGACUCGCCAUCGUCAUCUACACGAUGUACGGCCAUGUUGCCAAACUGGCCGAGGCCAUCAAGAGUGGUAUUGAGGGUGCUGGUGGGAACGCUUCCAUCUUCCAGGUUGCAGAGACUCUUUCUCCCGAGAUUUUGAACCUGGUGAAGGCGCCGCCCAAGCCCGACUAUCCCGUUAUGGACCCUUUGGACUUGAAGAACUAUGAUGGUUUCCUGUUCGGUAUCCCCACGCGGUAUGGUAACUUCCCAGUACAAUGGAAGGCGUUCUGGGACUCCACUGGUCCCCUCUGGGCCAGCACGGCUCUGUGCGGCAAGUACGCGGGUCUCUUCGUUUCGACCGGCUCCCCUGGUGGAGGUCAGGAGUCGACUUUGAUGGCUGCCAUGUCCACCCUCGUCCACCAUGGUGUUAUCUACGUCCCCUUGGGCUACAAAUACACUUUUGCGCAACUCGCCAACUUGACUGAGGUUCGCGGUGGGUCACCAUGGGGCGCUGGUACCUUUGCCAACUCCGAUGGCUCUCGCCAGCCGACUCCCUUGGAGCUUGAGAUUGCCAACCUCCAGGGCAAGAGCUUCUACGAGUACGUUGCCAGGGUGAAGUGGUAAACUGCGUGGCGUCUCCUUUUCCGUAGGUCCUCUUGGUAGUGGCGGUUUCUAUCUUGCAUUGUAAUAUACCUGUUUUCCCAUCAUCUGUGCUGAAUCCGCACGCGUGCAUAUCCAAGCGACGUUCCAGGG